AUGCAGACCAAAGUUUCUCUUUAUGUAUUUUUUUUUUUCUGUGGUCUGAGUUAUAUUGUGAUUUUGAACAAGAUCUCGGUACAAUGGCCCAGUUACCAACCAAUCAAUAUUCCUCUAAGGAAAUUUGCAUUAUUUUGGGAAAGGAAUGAAGGAAUAACUCCUAUUCCCAUCCUCUAUAAGCAUAAUUUCACCAAGCUUCCCACAUGGGAUUUUGAGGAUGUUUAUAUGAAAACCAGUAAAGCACAACGGCCGGUCUGUUCAAAGUCUCUCCAGAAGUCCAAAGACGAAGAGUUUCAACAUGCAGCGAUGUGGAACAUCCAGCUUUGGCUCCACAAAGGUCACCUAAAUAUGAGUGAAUGGAACCGUCUCGCGCACUUCAACAACCCGUUUGGGUUUAUGGAAUAUAAAUAUACUGACAUCAAAAAGUCAGUCAAUUUGAUCCCAAAACCCAAGCACUACCAGCUUUUACCAGUUCCCACUGGUUCAGUAGAUGGAUGUAUUCGCUGCGCUGUAGUCGGCACCAGUGGCAUCCUCAACGGCUCCAGAAUGGGCAAAGAGAUCGACUCCCAUGAUUACAUAUUUCGAGUAAACGGAGCAGUCACUAAAGGAUUCGAGGAAGAUGUCGGAAAUAAAACCUCAGUGUAUGUACACACAUCGUUCGCCUUAACCGCAUCGCUUGUAAACCUGGAACAGUAUGGCUUCAAACACAUUCUUCAUGAUGAGGGGAUUAUAUAUGUGAUGAUUCCAGAGGGGCAGAGAGAUUUCGAAUGGAUUGAAAGCCUCUUGGAAAAAAAGAGAAUUACAACCGGAUACUAUAAAGGUUACAGACCACGGACGUACUACAGCAACCGCUUCCAAGAGGAUAAGUUUUAUUUGCUUCAUCCUGACUUUCUAAGAUACGUCCGGAACAGGUUCAUGCCAUCUGAAACUCUGAGUAGAUCAUCCUGGCAUUUCUACAGACCCACCAAUGGAGCGUUCACAUUGUUCUUAGCUCUUCACACCUGUGAUAUAGUGGACGUGUAUGGAUUCAUCACUGCAGAGUACAGAAAAUACCCCAACUAUUACUAUGAUAGAAGCACAAAAGAUUUAAUUUUUUAUGUCAAUCAUGACUACGGCCUGGAGAUAAAAACCUGGAAAAAGCUGCAUGAUGCCGGAAUAAUCAACCUUUACCAAAGACACGAAGACUAAACCAGACUGUGACUUCAUGAACUUUUUAGCUUAUGUAUUACAAAAUAUUUAGUACAUACAGUACACUCAGGUAUUCGUAUGAUGUGUUACAUUUUUUAUAUCAGCUUUAGUUACAGAAUUAGUGGGUUAAUGUGAAACAGUUUUAACAUGUUUACUUUGUUUGUGUUUGUGUUUUCCUAGUUAAAGACCGUAAGUUUAACCUAAUGUAAUUAAAAUAUGUUUUAUUAAAAAAAACUCAAAACCAUCCUCAAUUACUACCUUUUUCCCUGUUCUAAGCAAUUACAAUUAUUGUACAUGUUUAUUAUGUAGAUAUGACGUUUACAUUUAUAUGAAAUUAAGUUUGUAAACGUUUUUGAAACAUUUGUUAAAUUGAGUAAUUGUGGCUUUCCGCUCAAAUUAUAGUAUCUUUGUUGAUGGAUUUCACCACUACGUAAAACAGGAUGUGCAGAAAAAUGCAAAUAUGUUUGGUCUGUUUGAGCAAAUAAUGAACUUGGCAUUGGUUCAUGUUGAAAUGUUUGCACAGUGGAUUAUCAUGCAUUUAUGUGUAAAUUGUGUCCAUAACGAGGAACACAUGGGCCGUCCUAAAGU